UUCCCUUCAGAGGAGAGAGAGGGCACAUGACCAUCCUGUGAUACCGAAGCUCCACUGAUGUAUAAAGCUGCCACCCAUCUUAGUUUGUUUACCAUUGGACAGAUUGGACAUCAUGCAUCUGACCCGCUGGCUUAUACUUGGCACUGUAAUUUUGGGAAUUGUGGUAAUCUGUGAUGCAGGACCUUUUCAUGCUCAAUGCAGAGUGCAAUGGUACUUUGGCAUACCUUGUAGAUGGGUAUAUGAAGCUUUGGUCUCUCAGAUUAAGAAGUGGAGGACGAUAUCAGGCUGUACCAUGGGAGGACAGAAGUGUCUGUAUAAGCUCCAGUCAGCUUCUUCCCACUUCAUCGCAGCCAAACACACAACACCAAUGAAAAGCCAUGUCGAUGACAUCACCUUCCACUUAGUUUCAUUUGGAUUCUUUACGCAUUGCAGUGUUUCUGGACUGUCAGUGUCAGAGGCAUGGUAUGCCAUCAAAGACCAUGGAGUGAAUUACUGUAACCUCUACAACUUAAUGGAUGGAAGUGGACUGACGCAGGCUCGCGGAUACCAAGAGAUCACCAGUGACUUCAUGUGUACCCAGCGCUCCUCUGCCAACUGCACACUGUACUGAGGGAGAACUUGGACAGUAAUCAGCCAAUGAGACUGCAUGACUGUAGUGGGAGACCAGUGUUAUUGCUUUCUUCCCUCGAGUGAUGGCUUGCAUUUCAUUGUGACUGCACAGUUUUUUUUACUGUUUCAUUUAUAUGGUUUGUAGCUUUAUUUUUACCUCUAGAAUUUUGCUGCUUUAUGUUGAGGGAUGAUAUGGUUAGUAGCCCACUUAGUGUGUAUGAACAAAGUCCCUCUGCAAGGACAUGCACUGAUUUCUAUGCUUGUAUUUCUCAUGAUACCUUUUUAUUGACUAAGGGCAGAUAAAGAGUUAAAAGUUCACAGAAAAAGAAUGAAAAUAAAUCCAGCUUACUAUUUUUGAAGUGAGAUGCCGUCUUUGUGGAGACAUCGUUCUUUUUGACAGGUAAACCGCUUUUUUACCCUUAAAACCUGCAAUACUUUGGAGAAAACACUCCCAGCUGUGUGAAUUGCUGGCCAGCUUUUAUUAGGAGCGCAAUAUGCUCAGCUGGGCAUCGCUAUCCAUCACUGCAAAGUGUGUCUGGUUGUGGGGAGACCGCUGGCCGUGGGCAUAGAUGUUUACCCACACCUCACACCUGGGCAUACUACUGACCACUAGGUGGCAGUGUGUGCCAGUGUCUCUGUUGGCUUCAAGUUAAUGGCACUGAAUGUAAUUUCGGUCUGUUGAAAAGUGGCUGUUGCUCAGCACCAACUCAGUUAUGAUGUAAAACAUUUACGUUUAAGCGGCUUUUCAGAAGCCAAGGAAUUCCCCCAGUUAUAAAUAUGUCCCGGACUCUAAGCAGGGAUAGUGUCACUCUCGGAUUUGGGGCUUCAUGUGGGAAAGCCUCUAAAAUGUUGAGAGCCUUCCAGACUAGUGUCAGAAACAAGGCAGGUCAUGACCUUAGCAUCUGUGUGUGUGUGUAUGUGUCUCUGUGUGUGGAAGAGUGAGUGAGUGAGUGUCUGUGUGUGGGUGGGU